UUAUCUUAUAAGAAGCAAAGGCAUGGAAGAUGAAAUUGACGUCGUAACGGAAUAGAUUCAGAAAUGAUCUUUCAACUGUAACAGUCACUCAAUUCUCAUGGAACUCUCCUCUCCUCCGUCACCUCCGAUCGCCGACAACACCGAUCCCGAGCGCCGCCUUCGUGAAGCGGAGGAGCGUCUCCGAGACGCUAUCGAGGAGCUUCAACGCCGCCAACGACGCGCCGCUGCUCAUGCUUACCACAACCUCCACCACCAUAACAACCUCGACUCCCCGCCCUGCGAUCACGGUCCCGAUGAGUCCUGCAUCGCACACGCUAUUGGUAAUCUCUGCCAGACUUUCCUUCUCUCUUACGGUGUUAGAGUCGGUAUUGGAAUUCUCCUCCGCGCAUUCAAGCUUGCUCGAAGGCAAUCCUACUCCUCUCUCCUUGAUCUCAAGCAACUUGUUUCUGAAAAAGACCUAAUAGUCAGGGAAGAAGCAUGUCGUAUUGGUUUACUUUUUGGUGGUUUCACUGGAUCUUAUCAUGCGCUUAGAUGCUUGUUUAGAAAGUGGAGAAAAAAAGAGACUGCGAUGAACGCAAUUUUAGCAGGUUCAGUUGCUGGUUUCUCAAUUCUGGCACUAAAUGAUUCAAAUAGGAGGCGCACACUGGCUUUAUAUCUAUUAGCUAGGCUAGCUCAGUGCGCUUAUAAUUCUGCAAAAUCUAAGAACAAGUUUCACCUUUGGGGAAGUCAUUGGAGACAUGGAGAUUCUUUGCUGUUUUCACUUGCUUGUGCACAGGUUAUGUAUGCCUUUGUAAUGCGCCCUGAGAGCUUGCCGAAAUCCUAUCAAGAAUUCAUUCAAAAGACCGGACCAGUUGCAGAGCCUGUAUACAGGGCUGUAAGAGAUAGUUGUAGGGGUCAUCCAGUUGAUGUUGCUUCACUACACACCUACUUAUCUCGCAAAGGAAAAUCUGACUAUGUGAAGUUGGAAGAAUUUCCCUCUAUUAUUCCUUGUUCCAUCAUUCACGCAGGAACAAAUUCAUGUUUAGCUCACGAAAUUAAUGCAACAUCAGCAACCUUCAAGAAAACUUUUCCACUUUACUUCUCUCUGACCUUUGUGCCAUUUGUCGUUCUGCACCUACAAAAGUUCACUGGUGCUCCUUUCCACACUUUCUGGGUUGCCAUUAAAGGAGCUGUUCGGUCAACAGCCUUUUUGUCUGCUUUUGUUGGAAUCUUUCAGGGAGUCAUUUGUUUGCAUAGAAAACUUUCUUCAAGAGAUCACAAACUUGUGUAUUGGAUAGCAGGCGGAAUAUCUGCCCUUUCAGUGCUAUUGGAGAAAAAAGCAAGGCGGGGUGAGCUAGCUUUAUAUGUUCUUCCCCGAUCAGUAGAUUCAUUAUGGUAUAUCUUGGUGAAUAGGCACCUACUUCCAAAAAUUAGGAAUGCUGAGGUCUUUUUGUUUUCUCUCUGCAUGGGAGGGAUCAUGUAUUACUUGGAAUACGAGCCAGAAACCAUGGCCCCAUUUCUUAGGGGCCUGAUUCGACGCUUCCUUGCCAGCAGAAUUAGCAGUCCAAGCCUGCCGUCUAAUCAAACUGCUACUCAAACCGCGUGUCCAACUCCAUCUUACACAUACUUACAAGCUCAAGAUGGCAUCACGCCGCCGAAAUUACGAGAGAGAAGGGACAGUGAAUCUUCUUCUGAGAAGUUCAAUCUUGAGUCUAUUCCCGGGCUUUGACAUGGAUUUUGGGUCUUAUAUCUAAAGGGGUUCUGGGAGUAGGGAACCGUCUCUCUGAACUUCUAUUUAUUUAGGCUAUUGGAUAUUCUUCCUGGUAUUCAAUCAUUUCAGCUUACCUAUGCCAACUACUCGAUAUUUAGGGAACCAAAUUCUAUAUAAAUAUCACCAUUGACUCCGCAUUUUUUUAUUGGAUGGCUCGUGAAGAAGUUGUUGAUGUCCAGGUGGAUUGUAAUUUUCUCUUUUUAUCAAACGUUAUUAAGUGCUUGGAUAACAAAAUUGUUGUGGUGUAGUGGUUGGCGAGAUUACUCAAACAAACAAAAAUUGCUUGGAUGUUUAGAUUAUAGCAAUAAGGGAUUUUGCUCCGUGCAAAAUUAGUAAUAUGUAAAUUUUAGUUUUGGUCCUGUACUUUUUCUACUUUGAUUUUUAAGUCAACAGGAUGGGCGAGUUAUAUUUUA